AUGGAAAGCAAACGACUGAGAAACGAAGUGACUGCGGGACUCACCUCUGGGUUACUCACCACGGUGGUAACACAUCCUUUGGAUUUGGUGAAACUCCGGCUCCAGUUAUUGGCUACGUCGAAUCCGUCGCAAGGCUACGACUACAUUAUUCGUGGAAUUUUAAAAGAUUCUACUGGCAUAAAGAGCCUAAUACCGGAGCUUUAUAGGGGUUUGGGCGUGAAUAUACUGGGAAAUGCAACUGCGUGGGGGUUGUACUUUGGUUUGUAUCGUUACUCAAAGGACGCUGUGUUCAGUAUUUGGACAGGCCACCGACGAAAUGAAAUUUCGAGCAAUUUCGAAGUGGAUCGUCAAAUGGGUCCAUUUCUAUACCUUUUCUCGGCGACUUUGAGCGGCUUGACCACUGCAGUCCUUACAAAUCCAAUCUGGGUUGUUAAGACAAGAAUAAUGUCUACAAACGCACGCGCUGAACAAAGUUAUCGCUCGACGUGGGAUGGAAUACGUCAGUUAUACACUUCUGAAGGACUAAGUGGAUUUUGGAGAGGUUUAGGACCAAGUCUUUUAGGAGUAGCACAAGGUGCUCUUUAUUUUACGCUCUAUGACAGCUUGAAGAAGCAUUAUUUUGCAGCGACAGGUGUAAAGCGAGAUACACAACUUUCCAAUUUCGAGAAUAUAUUCAUGACUUCUAUCAGUAAAAUGAUAUCUGUUUCGGCAGUAUAUCCGUUUCAACUUUUAAAAUCCAAUUUACAAAGCUUCGAGGCUCAAUUGCAUCAAAAUUCUUUCCAAGCGACUACGCUUGUGAAAUCUAUAUAUGCGGCAAAGGGGCUUAAAGGACUAUACAAGGGUCUGAGUGCUAAUCUGAUUCGAGCAGUACCGUCUACAUGCAUCACCUUCUGCGUUUACGAAAAUAUGCGACACUGGCUAUAA